AUGUAUGGUGUAAUCAAAGCCCGCAAACCUGAAAAAUUCUAUCCUAUGAGAAUAAUUAUCUCCACAAUCGGCACAGCAAACUACGGAAUAUCUGAGUUCUUAGUUAAGAUAAUACAACCAGUUUUGAAUGAAAACUUGACAAGAUUAAAAAAUUCCUUUGACUUUAUUAAAAAAGCUGAAUCUUGGAAAAUUGACAAUGAUGAAGUUCAGGUAUCUUUUGAUGUCGUAAAUCUGUAUCCAUCGGUUCCUUUAAAAGAAGCCACCCUUGUACUUAUAGAAAAAUUAAAUAAUAAUACAACAUAUAAAAAACUAACAAGACUAAGUAUACCUGAGAUAAAACAACUUAUAGAACUUUGUUUAUUUCAAUGUUAUUUUCAUUGGAACAAUGAAAUUCAUAUAAUGGAAAACUCGGGUCCAAUUGGACUUUCGUUCAUGGUCGUUCUUGCAGAAUCAUUUCUACAAUUCCAUGAAAACAAUGCAAUUAAAGUUGCACUAAAUUUCAACCCUGCACUUAACCUCAAAUCGUUCUUAAGAUAUGUCGAUGAUAGUCACGCAAGGUUUCCAGAUCUCAACCAAGCAAAACAUUUCCAAUACAUUUUAAAUCAACAACAUCCUUCCAUCCAGUAUACAAUUGAAGUUGAAAACGAGUUAGGAACACUAAAUUAUCUGGAUAUACAAACUAUGAAUAAAAAAACAGGAAAGGUUUCUCCACCGAGCUUACUCAAUCUGUAG